UCACAAUAUGCUGUGUCCAGAAGUAUGGGAUUUUCCUUCACCAAAAGUAAUGGUAACUCACAGAAAAGACCAGGAUUUAGAAACAAUAAACAAAACUGUGAAUAUGAACUAUUUCUACAGAAGUCUAAUUAUAACAUGCCCUGAUGAGACACAAAUGCCAAGUUCCAUUCAAGAUUUGAUAACAGAAGAUACCGAUUAUUAUAAACUAUCAGAUUGUUCACUUGCCGAAUUUGUGGAGCCAGUUUUCAUUGAAAGCUUUAUAAAAACCGGUAAAGUGUACUGUUUGUCGACAGGCAGAAACUGUAUUAUUCAAAAUUGUACUGCUAUAACUCCCGACGGACAUCUAAUACUACACAUACCUGACUACAUAUUCCAAACAUUAGGAUUUGAAGGAACAAAGCGCCCACACAACUUUUAUGAAGUAAAAGUUGACCUUAAAACAGUAAAGAAUCACUCAAAGCUGCGGACAUCUUUGCAAAAAUUGGAUAACUUUGACUUGAACAUAAUAUGGGAACCAAAUAAUGAAGAAAUCUGUCCCUCAUCAAUAGCCAAAUAUUUUAGUGACAGAAGCAUCAAUGUUUCAGUUCACUCAUUAAAAAUAAGGAAUGUUAUGCCAUCAGUGGAUGAAAUACCAGCAGUUAUAGAUGUAGAUAUUGAAGAAAUGGUUGAGUGGGUUGGAUUAUUGGCGUAUGGGGCAGACAUGUCACCAACAGAACCAUACAUAAGUACUUAUUGUCAACCUGAAAGUGAAAAUGCAAUAAAAACUGGAAGAAUAUGUAUUAUGAUUGCCAGUGGUUUCAUAACUCCUCCAUUGAUAAAUAAUGUAUGCAAGAAAUUAUCGGAACAUGUUCUGGCCAGGGAAAUAGACAAUUACUGGGCUUCUAUAAGCAUACAGAGUGAUGAGAAUAGUUUGUGGCAAUGGAAUCCAAGUAGCCAACAAAUGUUCCAAGCUCAUGAUUCUUCUUGUAAUAUAUUUUUUACACACAACAGUCACACAUUGUAUUCAAUAGGUCAAAUAAAGUAUUCCUAA